AUAAACUGUGGCAUAAACCAUAGAACCCAUAGAACAAAAAACUUUUACAUUUAUCAAAAAUAAGUGAGGUUAUAACAAUAAAAAUAAUAUACAUUUUAUUUUUAUCAAGUUAAAUAUAUUAUAAAUAAUAAUUGGAGAAUAAAUUGGUGAUUGAUAAUAGUUUAUCAAAAUGGGCAAGAAAAGGAAACUUAAAGAAUCGAAGAACGAUGAAUACGAAUUUGAUCCUAUACCUAAACACAUGGUCACCGAUCAUUUAAAAAAUCAAGAAAAACGACUUAUAAUAAUCCUAGAAGAUGCACAAUUAGAGACUGUUAAAGUAGGUAACAAGUUUGAAUUGUUAAAUUGUGAUGAUCAUGCCGGUAUUCUUAAAAACAACAAUAGAGAUCAAGGGUCCUGCCGUCCGGACAUUGCACAUCAAUGUUUAUUAAUGCUUUUAGAUAGUCCCUUAAAUAGAGCUGGUCUAUUGCAAGUUUAUAUGCACACCAAUAAGAAUGUUCUUAUUGAAAUAAAUCCUCAAACAAGAAUACCCAGGACUUUCAAAAGAUUUGCUGGUUUAAUGGUUCAGCUCUUACACAAAUUUGCUGUUCGGGCAGAUAAUGGACCCAAACUUUUAAAGGUCAUUAAGAAUCCAAUCACCGAUCAUUUGCCAGUAGGAGUAAGAAAACUGGCUACCUCGUUUUCGUCGAAAGUUGUCAAAAAUUGUCGCGAUCUUGUCCCAAAAUCAGAAGAUCCUAUCGUGAUUGUUGUUGGAGCUAUGGCUCGAGGUAACUUAAAUGUUGAGUAUACCGAAGAAACACUUUCCAUAAGCAAUUAUCCCCUCUCAGCGGCAUUAACAUGCGCCAAGUUAUGUUCGGCCUUUGAAGAAGUUUGGGGCGUAGCAUAGUGUAUAUUUGUAAUUUAAGUUAAUUAGAAAUAAAGUGUUUAUGUAUUUGUAUGUAUUCAA